UAGCCUCAUAUAUUUUCCCGCAUUGCUUGAUGCAAAAAACGAAGCCUAGAACAAAAUAGAAGAGUGAGAAUUGCAUUUUUUUUUGUUCUUUUUAUUGCGUUUUAAUUCGCAAAAAGCAAUUGUCCACAAAAAAGUAAAAGUGGUUUUUAAGUUUACGUUUCUAUAUAUUUUAUGAAAUUGAAAGAAAAAGCAAGCUGCAAAGCUGUUUUGCGUACAAUAUCAAACUAGCAGAAAGAAAAAGUAAAUGUAACUUGACAAAAGUUAUCUCAAGCCUAAAGCAUUAUCAUACGACGUGUAGAAGAGAACACUAAAUCAAGGGAAUUGGCAGUUAAAGUGCAAGAGCAGAGGUAGCACUCGGACAUUGGGAGAAGCAACGGUGAAAAUGAGUUCCUACACGCACGCCGAUCCUAUAGCGCUUAGCUUUAACGACACAUGCCUUCGUAUGAGCGAUGUACAAUUACUACAAGGACCGCAUUGGUUGAACGACCAAAUACUUUCAUUUUAUUAUGAAUACCUGGAAAAGGUAAAAUACAAAAAUAAUCCGGAUUUAUUGUUUGUCGCUCCGGAAGUAACACAAUGUAUGAAACUAACAGAUGAUGACGAAUUGGAAACCGUACUCAACCAAUUGGAAGCGCCACGAAAACAAUUUAUUUUUUUUGCACUCAACGACAAUGAAUCCACACAAGCGGGUGGUACACACUGGUCACUCUUGGUAUUUUCACGGCCGGAAAAGACGUUCUUCCAUUUUGAUUCGUGGGGUAACAAUAACUCGUUAGCAUCUCAACAAUUCGUACAUCAAAUUAAAGUUGCCUUGAAUUGCCGCCAAUGCCAUAUAAAACCCAUACGUUGCUUGCAACAAGCAAAUGGAUACGAUUGUGGCAUACAUGUUAUAUGUAUGACAGACAACAUAGCCGACUAUGUUAACAGAUAUGAGUGUGUGGAGGGUGUAGGACCACUACAUCAGGAUAUAAUAAGCGCAAAACGAUCCGAACUAUUGAAAUUAAUUCAAUCAUUGGGAGGAAAGGUAUAAACAAUUCUGUAACAAUUACGUAAGAUGAAGAAAUUAAAGGCUUUACUGCACCGAAAUGUACGGUGAGAUAUAAUCUGAUAGCGGCUGUUAAAGAAACGAACGAAAAAUGAUCGCUAAAAAGUAAUUAUUUUUUUAUAUUAGGAAAGCACAGGGAUAGAUAUAGAAAUAAACGAAAAUAGUAAACUAGUAUCUUCUGUAUUAAAAAUUGCAGUGACACCGAGUUAAAAAUGAUAAUCUACUGACUUGAAAUAAAACCUUGUUUUAUAAGUAUGUAAGAUAAUACAAGAUAUAAAAAUUUCGAGAAAACAUCGAUUUGAAAAAUGUAGACUUUCUAAUUUCCAAACUAAAAUCCUUUUGAAAAGGUAUAAAAUAAAUAAAAAAAAAAUUUAUAUUAAACCAUAAUUUAAAUUUUAUGCAAAGGGAUUCUUAUAUAUCGAGUACCAUAUAUAAAAUAUAUGUAACUAAAAUACAAUGAGCAUAUACAUACGAACAUACAUUAUAAAAGGAAUGUGAAAAAGCAACAUUUUAACCCUGUAAUAUUAGGCUAUAUUAGUUUUAUGCUUCACUUUUUUCAAACAAUGAAUUGCCGCUAAGUUCCUACUGCUAACUAUUCCCUUAAAAAUGCUUUACGCAAACAUAUGUAUAAUUUAUUUCUCCAAUAUGUGCAUAGCACGACUUAAACAUACAUAGACUCUCAAAACAUAGUAAUUAAUAUUACACUGAAAUGAUUUUGCAUGCAACCAACGCAUACAAAUAUUGUAUGGGUUAAAACGCAUUUUCCUUACCCUUAAUUAUAAUUGUACACUUCAAAUGUUUUUUUAGUUUUAGAAAUAAUUCACUAUAAUUUUUAAUAAAAACUACAACUCGUAUCACGAAAAAA